AAAAGACACAUUUCAGACCUGUUGUGGCCUUGGCCAUCAUUUGAAGGAUAAACGCCACCAAUGGAUAGAUAUGAUUCAGUGGAAUCACCAACUGGGAGUACAAAAACAUUCAUCGUUCUUGUCAUCUUAUCCCAGGUUUUCGGAUUAUUAGCGAUUAUUUUAACUGCUGUUUGGUUAGGAAAAUAUUGGGGUGGAUUCAGUUGGACUAAUGCCAGCACAGUCUUCAAUUACCAUCCUCUUUUUAUGGUUUUGGGUCUGGUAUUUCUGUAUGGGGAUUCAAUUUUAGUCUAUCGUGUUUUUCGAGCAUAUCGUAAAAUGCCAAUCAAGAUCCUGCAUGCUAUCUUACACAUGCUUGCAUUUCUUUUCGGUGUUUUGGGUAUUAAGGCAGUAUUUGAUUUUCAUAAUGCUUUAACUAUACCAAAUAUGUACAGUCUUCAUAGUUGGUUAGGGAUAACAGCGAUUGUGGUGUUUGGAUUACAGUGGGUUGGUGGCUUAGUAGGUUUUUUGGUACCUCAAACGCCUCAAAGUGCUCGUAGUAAACUUUUACCUAUCCAUGUGACAAUCGGUAGCUUCUUAUAUCUACUAGUGAUUGCUGUAUGCAUAUCUGGGAUUACAGAGAAAAAUUUCUUCUCAAAAGCGUAUUCCUCACUUAGACCUGCUGAGGUAGUUGGUAAUAUACUUGGUGUCACAUUGGUGAUAUUCGGUGGUCUCGUCUUCUAUUUAGUUCAACAUCCAAACUAUCGUCGUAUAGAAACAAUAUCACCGGAACAUCGUGCUCUCCAUGAAUGAAUAAUAACUUGUCAAGUACAUAUAUGUGAUCAUUAACAAGAGAGAGAGAGAGUAAUACUUAUUGUUGCGUAACUCUUUACGUGAUAUUCCACUCAAAUUGGUCAGUUAAUAUUCCAUAAAUGUAUUUCUAUUUUGUAUGGAAGGGAAAAGCAAUUUAAUAAUUUCUUACGAUUUGACAUACUUCAUACUACAUUGUCAUCUUUUUUCUUCCUAAGUACUCUAACCUCAUCGAUAUCACAUCGCAUCAUUUUGAUUCUGUUGUCGUGAUGAUAACAUUGUGAUUGUUUUGCAGUAAUAUAUAUACAUAUAUAUAUCCGCUUGUUGUCCGCUUACCGUCAUUUGUGAUGUAUUUUCAAAGAUGCCCUGAUUUACAUAUGCUUAUUGAUAAUUUCUCUAUUUACUUAUUACUUCUCUAAUGUUUUAUUAUUGUUAUUAUUUUUGUUGUAUUUUUGAUUUUUUUCAUCAUGGAUCUGAGUUAUUUUGUGUAUGUGUGGUGUGUGUGUGUGCUUGUCUGAGUUUUACAUCACUUGUAAUUCUUUCCUAUUCACUUUUAUUCUUUCUAUUUACACCUGUUACUUUUCAUAUGAGAAGUUCUAAUUUUUGUGGGGUAUAAUUUCCAGUUGUCAGUUGCUGUUUUUUGUUGUUGUAAUCAUGGAUGAUAAAUUAUUUGUUUGAAUAUCUUUUGAAUGCGUAAUACACAUGCGAAUAUUCAAAAGUUUAAUUGUUUG